ACAGAAUGACGUCAGAGGCAGCGGAAACAGGUAUGAGGGACAGAAAGUGCCAGAAACAGCCAGAGAAACAGAUCUAAACACGAGAUUUCACCCUUUUCUCUAAACCAAGCAGAUAUCAGACAGAUCGUCGAGCGACACUGGGCGGAUUUAAAGACCGUCUGAUGACUUUAAGACACUGUCGUGUUUUAACCUUUGCGUAGCUACAGCAGAUUAGCCUCCAUGCUAAUGAUAAAUAAUUAUAUGCUCUUAAAAAAAUAAACAUCGGUUUUACGAUUCAAAAGAAGUGAAUUUUACUCGCCGUAAUGGGGUUUAAACGUAAUACAUAACGGUAUAUUGUAAUUAGGAGUUUGUUUAUAGAGUCUCCUGCAUGCAAACAGAAAAGGACAGGUAACGUUACCGUAGAGUUGACACACAAGCGCCUGUAUUUAUAUAAACACCGCUUUCAGUUUGGGCUCUUAGGUCUUAGCCUUUAUCUGCAUUAAGAGGAGUUUAAAUGUGAUUGUGUAGGACUUGCUGUCGUCUGUAAAAGGACACUGGGACUAGUGAUCAGAUCCAGGGUCCAGAAGAGACAGUAAACACCAGAUACAGUCGAAGCUAAGCAGCAGUCAGGAUGCCUCUGCUGUUUCUGGAGCGCUUCCCCUGGCCCAGCUUACAGACAUACACCGUCCUGAGCACACUUCUGCUGGCCGGGAGCAUGCUAAGUGCCCACAGCUCAGUCAGAGACUCAGAGGACCCCCACAGCCCCCCUGAGGAGGAGCUGGAGCUGGACCGCCCCGGGAGCGUGCUCUCUCGUGUGCUGCUGAUCCUCAUCACAGACAGCCUCUUCGUCUGGGUGAUGGUGAACACGGCGUGCUGCAUCCUCAUGUUAAUCGCUAAAGUGAUCCAGUGCAUCGUGUUUGGGCCGCUGAGAGUCAGCGAGAAGCAGCACCUGAAGGAUAAGUUCUGGAACUUCGUCUUCUACAAGUUCAUCUUCAUCUUCGGCGUGCUGAACGUGCAGCGGGUGGAGGAGGUGGUGCUGUGGUGUCUGUGGUUCUCCGUGCUCAUCUUCCUGCAUCUGAUGGUGCAGCUCUGCAAAGACCGCUUCGAAUAUCUCUCGUUUUCUCCCACCACUCCGACGGUCAGUCAUGUGCGAGUGUUGGCUCUGCUGGGGUCUGUUUUGGCGUGCUGUGGCGGUCUGGCAGUGCUCUGCGCUCUGGUCGGGCAUUUUCACGGCAUGCACACUGUCGCUUUCAUGGCAGCUGAGUGUUUGCUGGUGACGGUGCGCGCAGGACACGUCAUCAUACGGUACUCCAUUCACUUGUGGGACCUGAACCAUGAGGGGACCUGGGAGAACAAGAGCUCCUAUAUCUACUACACAGACUUCACCCUGGAGUUAACCCUCCUCUGCCUGGACCUGAUGCAUCACAUCCACAUGCUGCUCUUCGGGAACAUCUGGUUGUCCAUGGCUAGUCUUGUGAUCUUUAUGCAGCUGCGCUAUCUCUUUCACGAGGUGCAGAGACGAAUUCGCCGCCAUAAAAACUACUUGCGUGUUAUUGACAAUAUGGAGGCCAGGUUUGCUGUAGCAACGCCUGAUGAGCUGCUGGCUAAUAACGAUGAUUGUGCCAUCUGCUGGGAUUCAAUGACUACAGCACGCAAGCUGCCCUGUGGACAUCUUUUCCAUAAUUCCUGUCUGCGCUCUUGGCUGGAGCAGGACACUUCCUGUCCCACGUGCCGUAUGUCACUGAACAUUAAUGAAGGCGUGAGAGAGAGAGACGAGGGUCAGAGGGCACCGCUGGAUGAUAACAUGGCCGCUGGACCGGGAACAGAGCCCCGGCCGCACCUCAACCAGCACAACCACUUCUUCCACUUCGAUGGGUCACGCAUUGCCAGUUGGCUGCCGAGCUUCUCUGUGGAGGUCAUGCACACCACCAACAUCCUUAGUAUCGCACAGGCCAACAACUCGCAGCUCAAUGCCAUGGCCCAUCAGAUCCAGGAAAUGUUUCCACAGGUCCCUUACCAUCUGAUCCUGCAGGAUUUACAGCUCACUCGCUCCGUUGAGGUCACCACUGACAACAUCCUGGAGGGCAGGAUCCAGGUGCCUUUCCCAACACAGCGCACACCCAUACAGAUAAACACUUCUCCUGAAGAUUCAGCGGGUGCCAGCAGCAGUUCAGAGGUCGCUGCCCCUGAGGUGGAAGACUUUGAGGUGCGGGGGAGCCGCUUUUCCAAGUCCGCAGAUGAGAGGCAGAGGAUGCUAAUGCAGAGGAAGGAGGAGCUACUCCAAAGAGCUCGCAGACGUUAUCUACAUAGAAAGUCUGAUGAAGAAGAUGUGUUUUCCGCCCCUGCCAAUGAUACUGAUGAUGUCAUGCCCUCCAUGGAGGAUGAAGACUCAGAUUCUGUGACUUUGAGGCGCAGACGACUGGCGGCUGCAGCCGAGAGACGUAUACAGAGGCAGGAGCCUCCCCCAUUCUGAAUCAAGCAAAAACAAGCAUGAUGCGCCUAUGGUACAGCCAUGCCAUCAUUCAAUUUUGGGCAGAUCAAUGCAGAUUUGUGCUAGAUGCAACUAUGUAUGCACCCAUCAAACAUUUCAGUUCACUGUCCAUUGAAAUAAUAUAUGGUCGUUGCCGCACCAGUGAAUUAAAGUACAGUUUUGACAAGCCUCAAAUAAAAGAAAGACACAUGCAUCUUUUAUUCAUGUGUUUUCCAUAAACAACAUUUUUAAAAUGUCAGUACGUAAACAAGAGCAUGGUUUGGACAGCUGUUCAAAUAUGUAAAAAAAAAAAUUUGGUUCAGGAGUUUGAUUUCUUAAACGUGUUUGUACGAAUCUGAAAGUUUUAAUAAUAUUACGUUGCCUACUAACAGUUUGACUCUAGAGCUUAAGCAACAAACAACAUGCUGGGCUUGAUCUGUGUGGUGAACUUUGUUUCUUUUGUCAGCGAAUAUCCACAUGAUUUUUUGCUGUUUAGCAUUUGAAUCUGCCUUUAAGACGGUCGGCUCAUGCUCUGGAAAAGAGACUCUUCUGAGUGGCAGCCAUCUCUUAUGCUUACAAUGCCAUCCCAGAAUUGUAGAGUGUCCGAUGACCGUUUAAAAGGAAAGUGGCAUGGAUCCUAGUGUCUGUUCUCACAGUGUUUGCUCUGUGAAUCAUAAAAGGUGUUCAUUUAGUCACAUGAUCUUGUUUCUCUAGUGUUGUCAUUCAGAACAGACAUAUUUAAUUCAUCUCUUAUUUUGAACUUCUAGUGAGGAAAUGUUCAUGUUUUGUGCUGCAGUAAGGGAGAGGCUAACAGUCAGGGUAGAUGUUGUUUAAUUUAGUGAAAUGAAACUGUUCAGUGUUGUUCUAUUGUAAUUUUCACAAAACUCUUUCAUUAGGUUCAAAUUAAAUGGCGCAUCUGCCCUGACCAAAGUCCUUUUGAUUUGUUCACACAUAACACACUUAUGGUCAUUAGGUCAGCUUUGUAGCUUUUUUCGUGUUUUAUUCUGUUUGUAUUUGAAUGGUUUUCAGCGUACUAAUGCUUAUAAAUGCUUGUUUUUGACCGGCCCAUAGCAUUCAUAAUGCGUUUCACAGGAUAAUUCAGAAUCGUGCAUGUUGAGUUUGAAGUGAACAAGCUAUUCAUCUAAUAGCAUGUGACUUUUAAUUAGCAUUUGCCUUCUGUUAAAUAACCGUAAUCUUAAGUUCAACCAUCAAAACUGUGACCACUUACACACAAUCUUAUUGGCUUGAUGGCCUGUUUGUCGACCUUGAAAAAGAAGUACAUCUUCAGAAUUGUCUGUUUUACACUGUGAAUCUAUUCUAUCACAUGUUUUUUGUGUCACACAUGGAUGUUUUGAUCUUUUUUAUUUUUUUUAUAACUUUCAUGUGGACGUCUUUUUCUGUGCAUGGAAUCACUGACUCUUUGUUCAUAUUUGUUUGCUGGUCUAUUUCCCAAAGACUCUCCUCGUGAUUAUGAUUUAGCUGGUUGUUGUGAUUGUAAUGACCGCAGGCCAAUGUAGAAUAUGUUUGUUUUGGUUGCACAGAUGCACCUUUCAGCAGUAUUUCUUAAAAAAUGUAUUAAUUAAAUGUCCACUGUGAUUCAGAUAAUAAUAGAUGAUUCGAUGGGCGGUCAAGCUGUUUGCUGGAAACCUGAGGGAAGCAUUGGAUUGCUUUAUGUACACAAUUCAUUCAUUUGUGCCUCAAAUCACAGUGGAUCAAUAAUACUUUGAUUUGUGUAAAUAAUUUUGUAAUAAAGACUGUAAAAUACAUGUGAAAUUACCCUGUACAAAAUAAAAGUCACAGCUGCUUUAGAAGCUUUUACCCACA